UGUAAUUUGAACAACCGAGUAAAAAGGCAAAAUGGAGAUAAAAACUAUCAAGAGACAAAUUCCAAUCCUUUGGGUCCCCUUCUCUAUGGGUCCUCUUGGGUCUUGUCCCCUUAUUUUCACACACUUUCUUCUCCUUGGGACGUCCGCAAAGACCCUAUCUCUCUCUCUCUCUCUCUUCAUAUCUAAAUUUCUACACAAUAUUUCUUUUGUCAAAAUCCUAUUGAAUACUGAGUAUAAAUAGACCCUAACACAUGCAACAACUCCUUAAUAUAAACACAUUAACUGCCCCUUCUUGUCUCACACUUUCACUACCCCUUCUUCAUCAAGCCUUUAAUUCAAACCACUCCCAUGGACAAACAAAUUGACUACAACACUAGAAGAACAAACCCCACUUCCCCAACGCGCCUAAAGCUCUUUGGGUUCAGCGUCCAAGAAGACAACAUGGAACACGAUGUGAUGCAUGAAGACGUGGCAGACUCAACCACCAAGGCCACUUCCACUUCCCCUUCUCCUUCUCCAUCUGGGUCGCCGGACUCAGGCGGUGGAAGUGGAAGUGGAAGUGGAGGUGGCGCUUGCCCUCCUUCCUCCGGUGACCGGAAAUACGAGUGCCAGUACUGUUUCAGAGAGUUCGCAAAUUCACAAGCACUUGGUGGGCACCAGAACGCACACAAGAAAGAGCGUCAACAACUCAAGCGUGCCCAGUUACAGGCCACUCGAAACGCCGCCGUUUCGUUCGUGCGAAACCCGAUCAUCUCCGCCUUCUCCCCUCCGCCUCACCUGCUGGCUCCGCCGGGAUCCAUGAUGGUCCCGGCGGCCGCGCCCUCGUGGGUUUACUUGCCGCCACGUGCCGCGCCUCCUCCCUUCCACGUGUCAGUAUCACACGGUUGUGUGUUCCCGUCGGCGAGCAGCAACAGCAUGUGUAAUAAUAGUAAUAUCACCAUAACAGGUGUGAAAUCAGCGGGUGCGGGGAUGUUUCCUUAUGUUGGCGUUGUAGGGGAUUCGUCAACCGCAUUGUCAACGAUGCAGGUACAAGCCCGGGCCCACCAUGCUAGUACCAAUGGACCCUCUUUGAGUAGGUUCUCUAAAGGAGACGGUGGGCCCAAUUUCGAUGAUGCAUUGGGCUUGGACUUGCACCUUAGCCUUGCGCCAGCUGCGCCGUGAUCCCUCGGCUCGGCUUGAAAGUGAAUGAUUGUAGCCGCCUCUAGGUUCAGGCUUGGCUAUAUAUGGCUGCUUCAG